CGCCAAUACGAGAAACCCCGCAGCAUCAGAAACAGCUUGCGAGACGAGCAACUACCAGUGAACUUCACGACAAUUUCCAUCAGCUCACUCUCUCUGGUCUCUUCGCCUCGCCCCGAGUACCCGUCCCACGACACCUAGGCGAUACCCUACAUCAGGCCAGGAACGAACUACCCGCAUCAACCUCAGCCUUACCAACUACCAAAAUGCCUGUUGUAACCAUCCAGGAUUACGAGUCUCGGCCCUCGCAUUCGCGCCAAUGCCCCAACCUCCGCACCUGCUGGCCGGGUCUCUCGCAGUCCUUCAACCCAUGUGUCCCGGACCGACCCCUCAUGUUGCGGCGCAGCGCCUUCCUCUCCGUCCUGAUCCUGCGCUUGCUCCACUCCACUCUCUACACCCUACCAUUCCUAACCUCACUGUUCGCACUCCCCGCCACAGCUCUCAACAUCCUAUUCUUCUUUUUUGUGGCAUGGAACCUACAUCUCAUUGUCGAGAUGCAGGGCGAGAGGAAGGUGUUCGGGAUCAGGUUUGGGAGGAGGAGCUUUGAUGCUUUCUUGUGGGGAUUGGUAGCCGUGCAUAUUUGGAUGUUGGGGUGGGAUAUUUUUACGGGAUAUUUGUUGGGUGUAGGUGGGAAUACCCUAUGGACGGUGAUGCUACUGGUGAUAUUUGGGGUUGCGUGGGUGGCUACUUGGGACCCUGAGGUGAGUUUUCCAUGGAAUUGUUAGGUAGAUUCCAAGUUAAUGGGUGUAGGGUGGAGUGAGUUUGCCAUACUAAGCCAGCUGGCCAGUCUAACGGGUUAGCGACACCGCUGGAUCUUGUCGAUUUUGGAUUUCGACCACCCGAGGCUGGCACAGCGAUCUGGAAAAAUAGACCUUGAGGAAAUUGGACGGUUGGAUAUAGAGCAGGAUGCCUUGAAAUUCCACAAUGUGCAGCUUAAAUUAUUAUUCUUUCGUUUAAGCCGUAGCUGGUCACAAUACAGCCGCUAGAUUCCCAUAAAGCCCUAAAAUGAGC